AUUGUGAACUCACAUUCUCGAACGCACCCCGAGUGUUUUGGAGCGAGCGAGCGUGCUGCGGGAGCGGCGCCGGCAAGGGUUUCUGUUGUUUUCAAGAUCUGUAUAUUCUUUGCGGUCCAGGAAGUAAUAAUCCUAAUUUGUUCUAAAAAGUUUAAUUGAAAGCAACGCCUCAUCAUGUCGCUGUGUUGCGCCAUUUCCAAUGAGGUGCCCGAACACCCUGUGCUUUCGCCUGUGUCUGGGUCCAUUUUUGAGAGGCGGCUUAUUGAGAAAUAUUUAAUUGAAAAUGGCGUUGAUCCAAUUAACGGAAAGGAAUUGUCUGCAGAUAUGUUAAUUGAAAUUAAGACCUCUGCUGUUAUUAAACCAAAACCACCAUCAGCUACAAGUAUACCUGCCAUACUGAAAACUUUACAAGACGAGUGGGAUGCCGUAAUGCUUCACAGCUUCACCCAAAGACAGCAACUUCAGACUGCCCGCCAAGAGCUCAGUCACGCCCUUUACCAGCAUGACGCUGCUUGCCGAGUUAUUGCUCGUCUGCAGAAAGAGGUCAUGGCUGCCCGUGAAGCUUUGGCUACUCUCAAACCCCAAGCUGGUGCCAUGGCAGCUCCAGCUGGUGUUCAACAGCCGGCGGUUGCUGCUGAGGCUACUGGAGUGGCUGUCCAGCCUGCAGAACAAGCUGGUAUGACAGCGGAAGUUAUUCAGAAGCUGCAAGAAAAAGCAACUGUCCUUACUCAAGAGCGAAAGAAGCGGGGCCGUACUGUUCCAGAAGAUCUCAUUGGAGUGGAUGCAAUUAGAGGAUUCCAUACAAUUUCAUCUCAUCCUGGUCUACACAGUGCCAGUGUUCCUGGUAUUUUAUCACUUGAUGUACACAGUUCAGACACCAGCAAAAUUUUGACUGGAGGAAACGAUCGCAAUGCAACUGUCUUCAACAAAGAUACUGAACAAGUUGUUGCCAUUUUGAAGGGCCACACCAAGAAAGUCACCAGAGUCAUUUAUCACCCUGACGAGGAUAUUGUUUUGACUGCCUCCCCUGAUGCAACAAUUCGAGUGUGGAAUGUUCCUGUAUCUCAAACAACUCAGCUCUUGCGUGUUCAUGAUGGCCCUGUCACUGGAUUAUCUCUUCACCCCACUGGCGACUAUGUACUGUCUACAUCAACUGAUCAACAUUGGGCCUUCUCUGACAUCAGAUCAGGAAGACUGCUUACAAAAGUUAUUGACCAAGCUUCUACAGGACUUACCACUGCCCAAUUCCAUCCUGACGGUUUGAUCUUCGGAACGGGUACUGCAGACUCGCAAGUGAAGAUUUGGGAUCUGAAAGAACAAUCUAAUGUCGCCAACUUUGCUGGUCAUUCUGGUCCUAUCACAGCCAUUUCGUUUUCUGAAAAUGGUUAUUACCUUGCCACUGCCGCUGACGAUGCCUGUGUCAAACUAUGGGAUUUACGGAAACUCAAAAACUUCAAAACCUUACAACUGGAUGAUAACUUUGAAAUUAAGGACUUGUGCUUUGAUCAAAGCGGUACUUACCUUGCUCUUGCUGGCACAGAUGUCAGAGUGUACCUAUGCAAACAGUGGCAGGAACUUAAAGUAUUUAAUGACCACACUGCUAUGGCAACUGGUGUACGGUUUGGAAGAAAUGCCCAGUAUAUUGCCUCAACCAGUAUGGACAGAACAUUGAAGAUAUAUGCUCUUUAAUUUUGUGUAAAUAUGUCUUAAGUUAUAAGUUUUGUAUAUACAUAUUCUGGAAAUGAAUUUUGAGUCAAUGCCAGCUUUUGCUUUUAAUUUAGGUUAUCAAAAUUUUUGUAAUGACAGUUUUGUUGCACCUUUAAAGAAAUAUUCUUAUAACUUGUUAUUGGAGUAGUUUUUACUAGUGACACUUUACUGAUGGUAUAAUUAAUUAAAUUUCACUACUCUAAAGAUCAUUGAUUUGAGGUAUGCAAUGAAUCAGUGUCACCAAGUCCUAAUCAUGGAAUCAGCAAUUACCUAGUUAAAAUUUUGUGACCUAGAUAGCUAGCAGUGUAUUAUGUGAGAAAAUGAGUAAACAAUCACAAAUAGGAGAGGA